CAGCCAGACAGACACCAUGGCUACGAUAUGAACACACAAGAGGUCUGCGGUAAAAGGUUAGCUCUCUCUGGUACUGGAUACAGUCUUGUUAAGCUCAAGGAGUAAGAGAGACGACACACGGAAAGGAUUUCUUUCUCCGAGUAAAGCAGAAAGCUGUCGAUGCUGGACUCUCUGAUCUCCUCCCAGCAUUAGGAUCCGCAGCAGGGCUGGGAGAGACCAGCCACCCACAAAAACCACCUGACCCGACAUGAUGGCUUCGAGUGACGUAGACAUCCGAGGUGAAGGUUCUUUGUUCUCUGACCAGAACCCUUCAGAAAUGGACGCUCUGUGUCCUUCCCCACCUGGACCGUCCAGACCCCAACGUCACUACGAGAGGAUCGGAGGACGAGCAGGAACCUCUUUUUGUCAGACUCUCAUCCACCUGUUGAAGGGGAACCUCGGUACGGGGCUGCUCGGCUUGCCUCUGGCGGUGAAGAAUGCAGGACUGGUGCUCGGACCAGUCAGCCUGCUGUGUAUGGGCGUCAUCGCUGUUCACUGUAUGAGGCUGCUGGUCAAAUGUUCCCAUCACCUCAGUGUAAAGAUCAACAGGCCGUCUCUGACGUACGGCGAGGCGGCGCAGUACGGGAUGGAAAAUGUAUCGUGGCUGAGGAGACACUCGCAGUGGGGAAGGCGGACGGUGAACUUGUUCCUCAUCAUCACCCAGCUGGGCUUCUGCUGCGUCUACUUUGUCUUCCUCAGUGACAACGUCAAACAGGUGGUGGAAGCGGCCAACGCCACCACCUUCAAUUGCCAGAUAAACAACACCAACCACACCCAGGUGUUGGUGCCGAGCUUCGACUCCCGGAUCUACAUGCUCUUCUUCCUUCCCGCCUUCGUCCUGCUGGUGUUCACCCCCAACCUGAAAUACCUGGCUCCUCUUUCUCUGGUGGCAAACCUCGUCAUGACCGCCAGCCUGAUCCUCAUCUACUUCUACUCACUGACGAACAUCACAGAUCCCAGCAAUCUACCGAAAGUAGGCAGAGCCAAAGACUACCCUCUCUUCUUUGGGACGGCCAUCUUUGCCUUUGAAGGGAUCGGAGUGGUUCUUCCCCUGGAGAACAAGAUGCAGAGGCCUCAGAGUUUCACCGUUGUGCUGUAUUUAGGAAUGGGCAUCGUCACGUUCCUCUACAUCAGCCUCGGUACUAUUGGAUACAUGUGCUUUGGUGAGCACAUAGGGGGUAGCAUCACACUCAACUUGCCCAACUGCUGGACAUACCAGGCCGUGAAGCUGCUCUACUGCUUUGGUAUUUUCAUCACCUUCGCCCUGCAGUUCUACGUCCCAGCUGAGAUCCUCAUACCACCGGUCGUGGCUCGUGUGUCGGAGAGGUGGGAGACGGCCGUCGACCUGCUGCUACGCACCGUUUUGGUCAUAUUUACAUGCGCUCUCGCCAUCCUCGUACCGGAGCUGGAUCUGGUCAUCUCGUUGGUGGGCUCGGUCAGCAGCAGCUUCCUGGCUCUCAUCUUCCCUCCCAUCCUCCAGAUUAUAACGUUCCACAACGAGGACCUGUCGCCGCUCGUCACCGUCAAGAAUGUCGUCAUCAGCGUGAUCGGGUCCGUCGGCUUCCUCACGGGAACGUACAUCGCCAUCGUGGAAAUCGUGGCCCGCAACGCAGUCAAACACGAAGAGACGUUCUCCACCUACAUGGUCCAGUGAUGGAAGUGAGAUGACUGUCGGCAGGUGCGGGUGGAGGAAGUAACCCCACCUACUCACCGUUCGUUUUAGGGCACAUUUUUAAAAGUUUUUCCUUCACGUCUUUUUUUUUUUUAAUUUGCUGCUGUUGGAAACGGCGGCCAUUUUUUUUUCUUUUUUUCCUUUUUUUCCCGGAUUAAUCGAUCUCAUGUUUUUAGCAGUAUGAAGAUGUACAGAUUUGUGGUGCUUUGGUGUCGUGUCCAAUCGUGUCCGUCGUACAUGCCUACUGGCUAUUACUUACAUCCAUCUCAUCACACUUUAGUGCAAUGUUAAUGGUAACAUAGUUAUUACGGUAAAACGAAACGAUUCCUUCAAAAAGAUAUAUAUAUAUAAAUAAAUAAAUAGAGGGCAUGUUUUCUUUUUUAGAGAGGAGUUCUCAUCUCGACAGCCUGAAUAUAUUGAUGUGUUUUAUGUUUUUAGUCAAAGAUUCAAUCUACCUCACAAACUGGUAACGAUUUGGUCUUUCAAAUUUUUAUUUUAUUUUUCUUUAACAUCCAGAUUAGAAGCUGUUGCCGCUGUUGUGUGGACUUUUUUUUAACCCUUUCAGCCCAAAUAGCUUCUCUCUUUUUUUUCUAUUAUUUUUAGAGCUGUUUUCAGUUUCAACCAACCACCCAUCACCUCAUUUAGAAAAAAGAAAAGGAGAAAAAAAGCUUUUUUUUUUUUUUUUGGUUGCACUUUGAUUUAUUAUGCCUUAUUCAGUAAAAAGGGCGCACUACUUUGACUUUAGUUAACACAUGACAUACAUAAACCUUCAAUUAAUUAACUGUAAUAUAUAAAACAGAUGUUAGGGGGGGUUUUUUUCUAACAAAACUUACGACAUAAAAAUAGGGUUGGGUAUGAAAAUGGAUCUGAAUUAGAUCCAGUUAAUGAAAAAAAUGUGCUUUUCAUUUUCACUUCUCAAAUCUCGACAGUGAGUUGACGAUAAGAUCUGUUGACGUCACCGUUAACAUAUGCAUCACAGCGUGUGUGUGUGUGUCUGUGUGUGUUAACAUACAGCACAGCUCAUUGCAUUCAGCAUCCAGAAAAAAGAAAGACGAGAGCUUAUCUUCUAAUUAUGACUCAGUGUCUCAUAAUGUUUCAGCGUGUAGUGUAAAAUAAAAUAAGCAGUGAGCAGUUUAUGAGAGCAAUAUGUCUCCUGGAGUGAUCUCACACACAAUAACCCCCUCAGAUAAGUCAUAACGCUGUUUGUGAC